AUGGGUCGCGCUGAGAUUCCUCCCGGGAGACAUGAUCUCAGACGCCAAGCACCAAGCAAUUCAGGCCCAAGAGGGACAGGUAGAGCUCAAACAGUAGCAGCAGGAGCUCUAGGUCGUCGCCAUAUUGCGCCAACAAAUCGAAACCUUGGUGAUCUCAGGGAAGGGGACGCUCAUGAGUCUAGACAAUCGACAUAUGACACGAAUGAUACCGUCCGAUGUGGAUCUUCCACCGCGUCUCACUACCAGAGUACUGCCAUCUACACUAACUCUACGCCGAGAAGGGUACCGCAAACAGCCUCUGUCCUGGCGCGAGAUAAAAGUAGCCUUGGUCCUGUAUCGACAAGUACACGACGUCACGAAACUUCGAGCGUUACCGACUACGGCCGAGCAGGAAGUACUGAUCGUAGACAUGUUUCAGUACCACCAUUCUUUUCAAUCGCUUCACUCUUGGCCCCUAAAGGGCCCGAGAAAAGAGUACAGCAACAGAUUCCUCCCACAGUGCAAAGUGGGAGCACAGGACGCUCGCCCAGACAGGACGAGAACAGAGCUAGGGAUGACCGUCACAGCUCAAGAGAGCAUAUUAAAAAUGAAGCACCGGCGACUGUUAAAGAAAGCCCGGCUCAGUCACCAACAGAACUGAUGAAACCGCGCAAACGGAAGGGGCCAGAUACCCUUUUCAGCUAUGAUGACGUUUCCAGUGGUCAGCAUGUACCUUUCCAGGGUGGAACAGGUGUGAACUGGGAAUAUUCGAAGCGACUUCGGCGGAACAAUCCAAAUCUCAAUGACCCCUGGGUUGCACGAAAGGUUGAGGAAGGCAUACAAAACUACUUGAAAGGGGAAGUUUAUAAGCUCGAUCCUGUGAAUAGAAGGGAGCUCGAUGAAAUCGAUGCAUUCCUGCUCCGGGGGAUCUAUAGCCUGAGGAGGCUGGACCUGACACUUGGAGGCGUUGACAUACGCUCAACAGAAAGUAUCAGGAACAUCAGAGAGGAUCUUCCGAAGUCCAUGAAGCCGAUUGGAUACAUGAACAAAGACAUCUUCAUCGAGACAGAGUCGGAAUCUUGCGUUUCCGCCCUCAGAGAUAUUGAAGCCCAACAGACGGUCUCGCCAGUGUCUCGCCGCUUUAUUUUCUGGACCGAUGCGUCGCGGUUUACGAACCCCUUUCGAGCGGGUAUCUCAGUGGUGUGGAAGUACAACAGGAAGUGGGAGGCCGCUGGCUAUAACAUCCAGGAGCCACAAGAAGUAGAGUUUUUUGAGAGCGUUGCAGUCGCAAAAGCACUCAGAAAUGCCUAUGCUUACCUGGAAAACUCAGGUCCACCACCAUAUAGCUACGACACAGUGGUCAUAUAUACCGAUUGUGAGCGGGUCUUGAGAGAUCUGGCUCGGGAUCAUCCCGAGUACCCCCAGUGUCACUUUGCAAGACAUGAAAUAUGGUAUUGGACGAGUAUGAUUCGCAGCUUGAAACUCACAGUCGAGUUCCGUUGGAUCAAGUCUCACGUCAAGAUAUGUGGCAAUGAUCUAGCCGACAGGAUUGCGAAGCAGGCUGCGAAUUGGGUGAAACCCAAGGGAGCCUCAACAGUACGAGGUGGAUUAAAGUCAUCUGGUCACAGGUUAGGUACGCAGCUUGCGCCAUCAUCGCCGGCCCUGGCGGUCACCAAUAGCAUUCCGAAGCAGGGCACAGGACUCAACAUGCCACCGGAACAAAUUCACAACUCGUCUCCACUCCUCCGCCAAACCUUGAGUGAUUUUGACGCCACCUUGAAUGAAGACAACUCACUUGCUAAGUUGGUCAACGAUCGGACUAUAUGGGCCCGCAGAAGCUCGCGACAUUCCGGGGUCCCAUCACAGACAGGGCUUUCAGGGGCUCCCCAGUUGAACCCAGUAUCUUUUCCAGAUACAAUGAACGUGAAGAUACCAAGUGACUCCCGAGUCGCAGAGCAGGAAGAGGCGAAGAAGACCGAACAUAGAAAAGAAGUGUCGUCUCAGGGACCAAUCUCUAUCAGACCGGAUGAUCCGCCAAAGACACAAGCUACAAGACGGAACAUGUCCCUCAAGGACUACAUAUCCCGUAAGAAGCUUACUCAGGCAUCUCCUUCCGGUAGUUUGUCUCUAGAGCUAUCUUCCCCAACAUCGUUCUCCCAGGAGUCAACUUUGGUCAGUCCUGACAAUUCGUCCUAUUCAAGUACCCUUGGCAACUAUACGCCAUCAAAGGAGCCCAAGGACAGCAGCAUCGCAGGAGGACUGUGCUCUUCUCCAGGGACGACUUCUCCUACCGUAGCCUCGCAAGAUUCCACCUUAAUUGGCUCGAGUGCUUCGCCUUCCUUUCAAGCCAAGAACAGUCAAAGCGGCUCGAGUAUCCUGCAAGACAACAAUAAUUCAGGCGAGACCGAUUCUUUCGACAAGUCCUACAGUCCUCUAGGUUACAAUUCGAUCGCUAGGCUCGACUUCGGAUCAAAAGGGUCGCCCGAGAAUGCUGUACACAUGGACAACACCUCCCUCAGCAAAGACAACUAGCUCGGACGGUAAACCUCUGAGCGAAAUCAACGACAACACUAGUAAGC